AUGAGAAAAGUAGGUGAAAAAAGUGAUGUUGAUUCUGUUGCAUGCUUAGCAAUGUAUGGAAGCUUAGAGUUGCAACAAGAAACGCAUGACCUUGUUGACUCAAUGGUUGAAAGACUUAGGACUUUAAGUCGAAAGUCAGAUGGCCAAUUUAUAGUUGUGGAUCUGAGGGUUGAGAUGUUGGAUAAGAAGGGUUGUCAAGGAAGGGAUAGUGAAAAAGAGGAGAGUUGCUUCAAUGCACAAGAGGUUGCAGUGUUUUUGAGGAAGAUUGGUUUUGAAAAGGAUACUACAAUCUAUGUGACACAAUCAAGGUGGGAUGAAAGCCUUGACUCUCUUAAAGAUUUGUUCCCUAAAACAUAUACAAAGGAAUCCAUCAUUCCUGCAGAUAAGAAGAAAAGGUACCUAGACUCUAUGAUGCUUUCCAAAAUGUACCCUUUCGGGAAUUUCAGUGUUAUGGCCUAA